AUGGGAGCGCUUAAGGGACGUCAUCUCAAUGAAAUCUUACCCAGUUCGAGUCUUCAACCAGCCUUCCUUCGCAACACUACACGUCAACCUCUGCACCCACUUGCCCGGAUUCGUCAGUCUCAGUCCCGCUGGUACUCGACAGUCCGUAACAGUCUUGACUCUGUUCCCGGGUUCACUUCACCCACCAAAUCCGUGCGCCCCGGCGUCAAAUACGAUCGCUCUACGUUUCCGCAAUCGACCGUCCGUACCUACAUUCAAAACUCGUCCGGCCGUGCGCCAUUCGCCUCGACUCUGAGACCGAAUCUUACAGGCGGUACGCUCGGUCGAACAGCUGGAGGUUAUGCACAAGGCUCUGGCAGGAUUGGAGGCGCAAGAUACUUUUCUCAUGGUCCGGCUAGCCAAGCACAGGUUGUGCAGAAUGUGUCGCAAGCCAUGAGGGCUUUCUUCAUUUCGGGCCACAAGGCACAAUUCGAUGGUCUGACUCCAGCUGGCGAGAAGAAGUUCAAGCCGGUAUCAAAUUUGCAGGAGACGACCGGCCGCAAGAUGCGAUCGCUUCCCAGGACCACUCCUGGAUCAUGGAUCGACUUUCAAAUCAACCCGACCAUCACCGCUCUUUCCUCCUUGAACGGUGUUGUCGGCUACGAAGAGUCUACUGUUGAGGUCCCGCACAUCAACUCAGACGGUCUCAUCGAUGCGCUUUCUGUUGACUUCUCGCGAGCAUUGAAGGAUCUCGCUGCUGUACACAACGAUCUCAAACGCCUGUCGGUCCUUGGCGAUCUUCUCAUCACGUAUGAGACGACGUCCCUACGAGUGCACUUUCCCGGCUGCGAUGCUCAGACUGUUGAGCGUCUUUGUCAAGAGCUCAAUGUGCACCGAGGUUUGGUUUCGGAAGAUCCAGCGUUCAGUGAUUUUGUCGGCGCGGAGAUUGCGCUGUUGUUCCCAAUGGCACCCAGCACUACUAGCUGCCUCAGCGAAAGCUCGUGCAUCGGCGGCGAGUUCUAUGAGCAAAACCCCAACCGAGAUGUCAUCCAUUAUGACGAUAUGAUGUCUUCCGUGCACAGCGAUAAAUACUCGUCAGAUUCUGAUCAUGGCUUCGAGGACGUGCUCGAUCAAGAGAGACCUUGGAUGCCUUCGACGCCACACGACCAGCGGUCGUUUGAAACGGUCAGCAUUAUUGAGAGCGACGAGUACAACCCUUUGGAAUACCAAGGAUUCGAAGGCAUCUAUCGGUUCAUCGAAGAACUCGACAGGGUCGGGAGGUGA